AUUUGCUUCCCAUUUGGCGCGGUCGUCAAUGGUUGUGGUGGCAAAGACCCAAAACCAGACUUUCACUUUUCGCGCCGUUGAAGCAAACAGUGCCUGCCUUUGAUAUGAUACGGAAAUUCGGGUUCGCUAGAGGCUGAGAAUUAAUAAUUAAUUACUAGAAGAAGCAAAGCACGAGAGCGAUUCACAGAAGGCAGAGUGUUGCAAUGCCAUUGCCAUGGGUGAAUCAAAAAGAAGACAGAGGAUGGUGGAGAGAGAACAUGCUCGAGGCCAUGGAUUUAUAUCAAUUUCAGACAGGUUUUGCCUUUCUUCUACUGGCUCAAGUUCUUGUUUCUGCAUGAACUCCAUGGAAAACGAAGAUGAGUUUGAAAGAAGUCCAUUGGUAACCGGUGAGAAAGAUCAGUUUCUGAGACUGAAGGAUGUUGUUGCUGGAAAACAGACAUUGGCGUUUCAAUUGAAGCCCAAGAUGGUGAUGUUAAGGGUCUCCAUGCACUGCAAUGGCUGUGCCAGAAAAGUUGAGAAACAUAUCUCAAAGAUUGAAGGAGUGACAUCGUACAAAGUAGACUUGGAAAGCAAGAUGGUGGUUGUGAUUGGAGAUGUUCUUCCUCGCGAAGUGCUCGAGAGUGUCUCGAAGGUUAAAAACGCAGAGAUUUGGAACUCCCCAUGCUGAUGGCCAUGAACAAUAUACAUAUAUAUAUAUAUAUAUAUAUAUAUAAAUAUAUAUAUGUGUCCAUUGUCAUAAUGUACACUAUAUAAUAUACCGCCUGCAUUUUUCAGGCUCGGGCCUCUCUCUAUUCUAUAUCAUAUAUGCAAGUUCUUGUCAAUGGCUUGUCAUCUUUGAUUGUAAGCUCACAUUGUAUAUUAUCAGUUUCAGAAGGGCUGUAGCCCCCACUUUGUCGUUCUACUA